CACGCUCGCGGUGCAAGCACAUCUCCAUGCAAUACAAACGCUGUGUGUUGUCGCAUUAUGGUAGGCGCUUUAAUGAAAAUAAUCUGCGGUGGACGGACCGAAGAUCGAAAAGAUUGGCAGUUUGGAACCAGAUCUUCUUCCUUUCAACUGUCCUUAGGCUGUGUGCCACGUAGUCCACGAAAGAGACUGAGGAGGAGUUUGCCAUACAUAACGGACUGGUCUUGGCCCGAAAGGAUAUCCCUUGCUUUUCUUUAUUCACUGGUAUCCUAUUCCUUUCUCAUUUCAAUCAUAAUUCACUGAUGAAGUUCACUGCCCUCACCACCAUCGCCCUCCUGGCUGCCAGCGCCUUUGCUGCCGACUCGACCACGGCCAAGUGCAAGCCAUCCACCAAGCCUCCCACCAAGCUGGAGAUAGACGUGGAGUUCCGCCCCGAGAACUGCCCAGUCAAGGCCUCAGUCGGUGACAAGGUCGCGGUGCACUACCAGGGCAUGCUCUUCUCGGAUGGCACCAAGUUUGAUGACAGCUACGAGCGUGGUGAGCCGAUCGAGUUCCCGCUCGGCCAGGGCAAGGUCAUUAAGGGCUGGGACCAGGGCAUCCUGGGUAUGUGCAUUGGCGAGAAGCGCGUGCUCAAGAUCCCCUCGGACCUGGGCUACGGCGCUGCUGGCGCUGGUGGCGUCAUCCCGCCCAAUGCUGCGCUGGUGUUCAAGACUGAGCUCAUGGCCAUCAACGGGAAGGGCAAGGACGAUGCUGGCGCCGGCCGCGACGAGCUUUAAUAUCUUUAGUCUCAUCCCUUUUUGUGGUCCUUUCAUUAGAUGCACA